GUCCUUGGGCCGGCGAAGGGAGGGGGAGCGGGCCGCUUUCCCGGGGCGGCCAUGAUCCCGUCGAGCAGGUUGGCGGGCCUGCCGCGGAGGCUGCGGCCGUCCGGGCCCCGGCCCCUGCGGGUGCUGCUCGACAUGGACGGCGUGCUGGCCGACUUCGAGGGGGGCUUCCUGAGGAAGUUCAGGGCCCGCUAUCCCGACAACCCCUUCGUCCCCCUCGAAGACCGCAGAGGCUUCUGGGUGUCGGAGCAGUAUGGGCGCCUCAGGCCCGACCUUAGCGAGAAAGCCAUCAGCAUAUGGGAAUCAAAGAAUUUCUUCAUGGACCUCGACCCACUUCCAGGGGCCGUGGAAGCCGUGAAGGAAAUGGCCAACUUGGAAAACACAGAUGUGUUCAUCUGCACAAGCCCCAUCAAAAAGUAUCAGUACUGCCCGUACGAGAAGUAUGCCUGGGUGGAGAAGCAUUUUGGCCAUGAAUUUCUGGAGCAGAUCGUGCUAACCCAGGAUAAGACGGUGAUCUCCGCUGACCUACUCAUAGACGAUCGGCCAGAUAUUACAGGAGCCGAGCCGAACCCCAUCUGGGAGCACAUUCUCUUCACCGCCUGUCACAACAAGCACCUGCAGCCGCAGCCCCCGGUCCGCAGGCUCCGCUCGUGGACAGACAACUGGAAGGCCAUCCUGGACAGCAAGCGGGCCUCGUGGGGCUGGGCCCUCCCUCAUUCUCUCUAACCGGGCAGCAGCCGGUGGCCCCGGACGGAGGAGGCGGUGCCCCCGUUCUGCCUCUCCGCUUCUGCCUCCUCCUGUUCUGCCUCUCCCGGACCUUAGGAGGAAAAGGAACUCAUACUCAGUAAGUAGCCGGCUACCACCCCCUCCUUUGCGUCUGCUGCUUGGAUCAGUCCUCUUCAAGCACGUCAUCUCCUCAUCAGAACAUACUCAACGCUAUCACUGGAUCCGACCCGUAGCCCAGCCGAGGAUUCCGGCUCCUACGGCGGCAACGGGAUGCUCGGAGGGACCUUGGGAGGCGGGCCUUCCUUGACAGCCGUCCCGUGGUUGGUGAUGAACCACCUAGCAUCUCUAAUCGCGCCCGUCCUUUACCUGUUAUGGACCAUUCGUCUGCACAUUGAUCGCAACCCCUCGUGAACCUGUUGUCCCACUGAAACAUCCAGUUUGUGCCCCACUGUCUCGCUUCUCCACUGGGCACUGUCCACCACGGCCCGUCGGGGGUAGCAGGGGCUCAGGGCAGCCUCAUCCUCUCCCCCCGGGGCAGGGUUUGCUCACAGGGUGGGUGUUGGGAAAUGUCAAUGUUGGCUGCCUCUUGGACUGAAAAAGACUGAAAGCACCUGCCAGCCCUUUCUGGGGAUUCCCAUUUCCUCAUUCUCCUUGAGAUUUUGACUGGUAAGUACUGGGGCUGGAGACCAGUCAGAAGUUCAGGGGACUUUGGGACCGCCCCCGACGCCGGCAUGGUGAUACCUCCCCAGAUCAGGGGUGCUAGGGCAGCAAGCUACGUCCCCUCCUCGGGGUUUCUCCAAAAGAUACGUCCCCACUGGGAGCCCCGGGAGGAUCUCCAGCCUUAGUACCCCAAGAAUUUCCUGCUUUCCCUUCCAUCCCUCCACCGUGGCAACCAAAAGUUGGAAAGGUGAAAGUGGCAGGGGGCCCCAUGGCAUAGGAGGGGUACAGAGGGCCUUGAGCCGGCCCAGCAGGAGCUAAACCACUCAAGUCCCAAUAAGCCUAGGGCUUCCUGUCCAUCCAGGUUCAUCAUUCCCUCACUCGUAAGUGACCUCUUCUCUCCCCUCUCCCUCUCUCUCUUCCCUCAAACCCCGAGUCACCACUGAGGCACCACUAACAGCUCUGGUGUCCCCCCAGGAGCAUGGUGAUAACUGCUUGCGAGGCUCUCUCAACCUGGGCCCUUCGAUUUCCCGAGGGUGGUCUGGCGUGGCUCUUAGGGACCCUGCAAGGCCCAAGUCAGCCCCGGACUCAUCAAAGUAUCCAGUGAGGGUUUAGUUGUCCCUGUGCAGUCCUCCUUGUCCGCCUGUCCCUCUGUUCCCUACACCGGUUCCAUUGACCUCAGAGGAUGAGCUUUCCACCAUCCUGGAGUUCUCCUCAACAGUAUUUACUAAGCACCUGCUUUGUAUUAGUAGAGCACUGGGCCUCCAGGAAGCCUUUCAGAUGGCUGAGCUAGAGGGUGGCCAAGCUCCUGGCUCCCUCUUUUCCUGUACCGAAUGAUCCCCUUUUGGAAUGUCCUUGAAUCCCACGCUCCAGAGGGAGGCAGCUACAAGGAGCCCUUCCGCUCUCAAUCCCAGCCCUUGGACAGGUAAAUUCUAGGGCCUAACUCCCUAACCAGGCCAAGUGGCCUGACCUUUGCCCUCACUCCCUGGAGCCCAGGCCCGAGGACAAGACUCCUUUCUUUGCCCAGCUGCUCCUCCUACACAAGUGCCUCCAGUUCUCCCAGCUCCCUCCCCCAGCCCACCCUGGCAACCCCAUCUGAUAUCCCUUCUCAGAAUCCUGUUCAAAGCCCCAGGGUCAGCUCCGGCCUCAAAAAGCCAGGAAGCCACACUCCUUACUCAACCAAAGUUUGGGAAAAGCCGUACCGCCCUGAGGAAUCCCCAGAGGCUCUUGUGAAAGACAGGAAGGAUCGUUUGUGGUUUCACUCCUACCCUCGUCAGGGGGGUGGCUGCUGAAUGGAUUGUUACUUGAAUGAGUUUAAGAACCAAGCUGCUCCUCUCACCAAAACUUCUCUGAGAUUCAGAAGUGUCAAGUUGGUUUCCUCUCCCCUUUUCUCCCAUCCUCCCUACCUGGGGGUGGUUCUCUCCAAAGCCCUUCUGCUGGCAACAGAAGGGUGAGAGGAUGCCUUUCUAAAAACCUUUGGCCCCAGAGCGAGCCAAAGUGACCUCUCCCCUCUCCCUCUCUCUCUUCCCUCAAACCCAGAGUCACCACUGUGGCACUGCUAACAGCUCUGGUGUCCCCCAGGACUAUGGUGAUAACUGGUUGCGAGGCUUCCCAUCCCACUUGCCCCAUCCUUCCAGGGAAAGGACAGGCGGGGAAAAGGCAAGGGAAACCUCUGGGUCGUAGCAGUGUGUUCGGGAGCCCCGUGGCCCAAGGACAUCGACAGAGAGGACUCUGGAGAUGGAAGAGCCCAAGGCCUGGGUGGGGUGAACUGUCAGAGGGGACUGACUCCUUUCUGGGCCUUGGGCGGUCUCGGGACCAAAUCAUUCAUCCAGAGUUUAAAGGGUCCCAAGCUUUAUUCUGGAUAUCAUCCACCUUGGGCGAAACAGUGGAGGGAAGCCUCUGGAAAAGCUAACAGGGUCUCAGAGCCAUCUGUGGGGAGGUUUAUGCUCCGGGUCAGGGUGAGCAUAUGCGGGCCACCCCAGAAUGGCCUCUGGGGUGGCCCUCACCUUCCCAAUGGGGGAGACGAGCCCCUCUACCCUUAACCUCAUCCUCCCCAGUAAUGUCACUCAGUCCUGAGCAUGAAAACAUCUUCCAGAGCACUUCCCUCAAUUACCUGGCCUCAGUGGCCUGCUGGACUCUCUGACCUGUGUCCACCCACUGCUGGCUGCUGGGUUGGACUCCUUAAACACAUCUAUCAAACAUUGCCCUUGGAGGGACACGGGAACAUUAAUGAAGACAGGAUCCUGAAUUUAUCCGUCUCCUCCACUAGCCUCUGAGCCCUGCAACGGCAGCGAUGGUGUGUUUUAAUUCUUCUGUACUCUCUCAGGCAUUAGUGCAAUGCUCUGAAUACAGUAGGUGCUCAAUAAACACUGUUGAUGAUCAUGAUGACCU